GGACAAGUGAGACACCACACUGGACGGACGGGUUAGCAACAUACCACACUGACCAAACUGACCACACUGAUCGAUACCUUUCAGAUCAUCUUGAAAAUGGCGUCUUUGUCGAUGGUAUUGAUUUACAGCAUUAUGCUGUGGUCAGCACAAUUUGUGACGGUAUCGACAGAAUCUCCAUGCCCGGCAAUAGCUCGUCUUUCGGGAUCCUACGACAUCUCUGCAAAGAUUGUAUACGAUCGUUUCGUUUGGGUACGCCCCAGCGACAGCCAGUACGUCGUCACUUGUAGUCCACAAUGCAGCGGCACGACUACGUACUCUGCAACCCAGAAGAAUGCCGAAAAUAUAACCACCCUUACGAUAGGGAGGGUUCAGAUCAGAGAUGCUGGAACAUGGGUCAUAUCCAACACAAGUUCUGCCACAGUGCCCGCAUGCCAUUUAACGGUCGCAGGUCCUCCGGAGUGUGACAUUAGCAGCUCCAGGAAUGGAUCCCUGAUUCCUGGUACAAGCCUGACUCUCACUGUCAACAUCACCAACUACUACUGUACCGAGGAGGCUGCGUUCGACCUCAUCACCGGAAGUGUCCAGCAGGAGCUGGUACCAAGACACCACGUUGUCGACAUUAACAGCACCGUCGUCAGCAAGACCUUUGAAGUCACCUCUGCGCAUGACGGAGACAUUAAAAUCAACUUCAAAUGUGACGGCACACAACGUGAACUUAGCUGCAGCGGCGACAAGAAGAUAAUUGUAGUUGGAGCAACAUCAACUGCAACACCACCAACGUCAACGCCUGCAUCAUCUCCAACUACAUCGACAUCGACAGGAAGUGACACCACAACCACCUCCAUCUCCUCCUCCAUCACCACCUCCAUCUCCACCUCCACCUCCAUCGCCACCUCCAUCACCACGUCCACCACUACACCUCCAACACCUGCAUCUGUACCUGUGUACCUCAUCAUAGGUAUAGUGAUUGUGUUGCUCGUGCUGCUCAUCAUCAUCUUUGUCCUGAUUGUCUUUCGUAACAGAAUCGCACGGGUUGCCCGGAAGUACAGCGUCACAAGGAAAAGGCCCAAGGUUCGGAACUUGAAGGAAAAUGAUAAACCCAACAAAGGGAAACGCAUGUCCCAAAUCAACCCUGACAAAAAGGCAGACUUUGAUCAAAAUGUUCUUGGAUCCACCGCUGAUCCUGCUUCAGAAGACAAAGGAGCAUCAGUUAAAGAGAUGGCGAUAUAGCCGAUGGAUGUAAUAGAGACUCUGUUUUAAGGAAAUUCGGGGAUGUAAAACUAUAUGGUAGUCUGUUUUGAACAGCUUCUUAUUAUAUGAAUGAAAGUCCGAGAUAAUUGAUCAAAACUUUCAGCUAUUUUCAUUUUGAAAAUAAUGAUGCUCUUGCAUUAUGGAAAGUAAAAGAGACACAUAGCAAACUUGACAGUCGGAGUGAAACACUUGGCUGUUAUUGUGUCAAUGAAAUAGGAUACUUAGUGUGCAUUUGUUUCUCAAUAUUUUGAAGACGUGUUCUGAGAGUAUAUGUUGCUGUGGCACAAAUUCAGAUAUUCCUACACUGACAAGAAACAUUUAAUCAUGCUAGGAAACAUCAGGACUACAAAUCCAUUGUUUGACACUUUGUAAUGUGUACCGGAUCAAUAUAUGAUAAUAAGUCAACCAGGUAUGUACAUAGCAGUCAACAGGCUGCAAAGAACGUUCACCCUCAUAAACUUGAUUUCCCGAAAUUAGUGUUACUGAAAGCCACAAUUAAUAUUAUUUUAGUGUUUGAAUAUUCUUAUCAUGUUGCAUAUCAGAAAUAUAAUAAUCAAACUACAUCAACACUUGCAAUUUGCAGUACUUGUUAAAACAUCCAUGUCAUUCAUUAUUUUUUACGCCAUUUGUGGUUCUUUUCAAAAGAUAUUGUAACUUGAUGUUGUCCAAGCCACGCUUUAUGACCAGUAGUAUGUAUAAUCAUGAUUAUAUUCAUUGAUGUUUGUUUAAAUUAUUUACACCAUUGUUUGUUUGAUGUCUGAGUGAAUACUAUGUUUAUUGAUUUUUGUAUUCAAAGUGCAGCUGGAUGUACAUAUGUGUUUAAGCACCAGUUUGUGUCUGGUUAUUUAUGUUAUGGAAAACGUACAGUGGUGUGAUUUCGGGUUUUUAAUGGACUGUGAACUAUACUAAAACACAUUGUACUGACUUUGCUUUAUGACUAGAAAAUUCAUUAUUAAUCCGUGUGUUCUUUUUAUCUUACCUCAGCCUCUAUUACUUGUUUUUAGAACAUUCUCAUGUAAUCAAGUAUCUUUUGCUUCAAGCAUAUUUACGUCAGUCCUACUGUAUUUGUAUAUCAUAUUAUUAUAUUGUAAUCCUUUUGACACCACAAUGUCACAUGUCAUUCUAAGUUGUCACUUAUGAUGUCAAAGAAACAUACGCUUUUCACAUUGAAAUUUGCUUUGUUGAGAUUAUAUAUUUUGCUGUAUAUAUCGGACAUUUUGUCUCAUAGUUUUAUUCUAUUUACAUUAGAUAUUGUGUGUUCUGGAUUAAUCCAACCAGUUUAUAUAUGAUUAGACCUUUCAGCAAGAAGCACAUGACCUGUAAUGAGUUUGGCUGUGUAUGAAUAUUGAUAACGCCCCACCCACCCACCUUGACCCCACAGGGGGGUUGUUGUAAGUGAUGUCAGGCAAAACUAGUUGUGCCAUUUCAUCAAUAAUCGCCUGCCAUGUAUACUGAGGACAAAUGUUUAUUGUUUGUGUUGUUUUGGGUUCACCGUAAAUAAACCGUGUUUAUAACC